CAAUGAAAUUGAUUAAUACUCUUAAAGUACUAUAAUAAUGUACAAACUGUAUAUCUACCUAGUUGCAAUAUUUCUAAUAAAUAUUGUUAACGUAUAUGCUGCAGAAGAAAAAGAUUGGUGGCAAACUGCAACUAUUUAUCAAAUAUACCCAAAAUCUUUCAAGGACAGCGACGGUGAUGGUAUAGGAGAUUUGAAGGGCAUCAUCGAAAAACUAGACUACAUCAAAGACUUGGGGGUAUCGGCCAUAUGGCUAUCUCCAAUUUACAAAUCACCCCAGUACGAUGCAGGAUACGAUAUCAGUGAUUUUAGAGAUAUUGAUCCGAUUUACGGAAACUUAGAAAUAUUUAAGGAACUCGUCACUGAAGCACAUAACAGAGGUUUGAAAGUUGUUUUAGAUUAUGUACCAAACCAUACCAGCGAUCAACAUGAAUGGUUUCAAGAAGCUUUAAAAGGCAGUGAAACAUAUAAAGACUACUUUAUUUGGGCUGAUGGAAAAAAUGGUUCUAAGAAUGAUCCUCCAAAUAACUGGAUAAGUGUAUUUACACAUUCUGCAUGGGAAUGGGUCGAAGAGAGAAAACAAUUUUACUUGCACCAAUUUCUUAAACAGCAACCAGAUUUGGACUUUCUCAACCCCAACGUCAGACAAGAAAUGAAGGACGUACUAACGUAUUGGCUUGACACAUAUGAUGUAGAUGGAGUGAGAAUAGACGCAGUACCUCAUUUGGUGGAAGCGAAAAAUCUUACUGAUGAACCCAGAACAUAUGAUCCUAAUUCUUCUGAGAUUGACUAUAAUUACUUAGAUCACAUUUUCACGAGAAAUCAACCUGAAAGUUAUGAUGUUGUAUACGAAUGGAGAAGCCACAUUGAUUCAAUUUCUGCCAAAAAAACAUCUACAAAAGUUUGCUUUUCCGAAGCAGCUGUAGACAUUGACUAUGUAAUACCGUAUUACGGUAACGCGGAUGGAUCAAAAUUAGGAGCCCAUUUUUCCUUUAACUUCGUUUUAUUGGGUCUAACUCCUGAAUCAACAGCCGUAGAUGUGAGCAAUUUGAUCGGAGCCUGGCUUGAUAAGCUUCCUAGCAUCUACACUUCAAAUUGGGUUUUGGGAAACCAUGAUAACCAUAGAAUUGCUACCAAAGCAGGCAAAGAAAGGGUGGAUGCUCUAAAUAUUUUAGCAGGCUUUUUGCCAGGAGUUCAAGUAACCUACAAUGGUGAAGAAAUAGGUAUGGAGGACGGUGAGGUAAAAUGCGAACAAGGCGUGGACAUGGCGAGUAACUGCACGUCCUAUCCAUAUUUGAGCAGAGAUUUUGAACGAACUCCUCUGCAGUGGGAUAGCAGCGAGUUCGCUGGAUUCAGCAACGGUACAUCAACGUGGUUACCAGUCAGUGUUAAAAAAGCCGAAUGUAAUAUUGCAGAUCAACUGAAGGAUCCUAAGAGCCAUCUAAAUAUUUACAAAAAGUUGCAAGAAGUGAGAAAAGGGGACCUUGCAGAUAUUAUUUCCGUUGAAUAUAGUACAUUUGGAGAUGACGAAAUGGGUCUAGCAGUAGUUAGACAAAAUUCUGCUAAAAUAUACGCACUAGUAUUAAAUCUUGGAAGUAAUAGUUUGACGGUAAAAACGUGGGAAACCUUCGAAGUAAUAUUAACCAGUAAAGAUUCUCAAAGGAAUUGGGGUGAGAUAAUUAGUGGACCAAUCACUCUUCAAUCAUAUGAAGCACUACUCCUACUACAACAAAAUGUUUAAUCAUAAUUUUUUGUUUUGAUGUAUUUUUCUCAUAUCAUUAGGCAUUACAUAAUAAACAAUAAAUAAUAUGUGGUACAGAUUUUGAGUUAACUAUUUCAUAUUAAUAAUAAACAGAAACUAUAGACUAUAGUGAGAUGCUAUCAUAAUAUGACGAGUUCUAGAAUAUAUCAUGCUUAUCCUAUAUGAUAGAUAACUUGACUAUCUCUACGUUGAGACCCGAAGAGUUCUAGCCUCUAGCACUUUUUCAAUAAUUUUAAGUAUUAAUAAUUAACAGAAAGUAUAUGCUGGUACAUUAUAACAAGUUCUAGAAUAUUAGCGCUUCUUAAUCCUAACUAGACUACCUCGGCAUGAAAUCCCGAAGAGUUCUAGCCACUUUUUGAAAAAUUUUAAGUAAUAAUAAUAUACAGAAAUUAUAAACUCACAUUAUGACGAGUUCUAGAAUAAAAAAUGCUUUUAAAUGACAACUUGACUCUCUCUCCACUUUAUCAAUAAUUUUAAGUGUUAAUAAAAAACAUAAAUUAUAGACUAUAGUCAUAUUAUGACGAAUUCUAGAACAUAUAAUUCUCCUAAAUAAUAAUUUAAAUCUCUCUGUAUUGAGACCCAAAGAGUUCUAGUCUCUAGCACUUUUUCAAUAAUUU